GUGGGAUUGGGAUCUUGGUGCUUCCACAUGACCCUGAAGUAUGAAAUGCAGCUGUUGGAUGAACUGCCAAUGAUAUACAGUUGUUGUGUGUUUGUCUACUGCCUGUAUGAAUGUUUCAAGUACAAGAACACAGUCAAUUAUCCACUGCUUUUCUUGCUAAUAACAUACAGCUUCGUAGUCAGCAUAAUUUACUUAAAUUUGAAAGAGCCUGUAUUCCAUCAGAUCAUGUAUGGAACGCUAGUUUCCAUUAUAGUUCUACGAUCUGUUUAUAUAGUAUUAUGGGUAUACCCAUGGCUUAGAGGUCUAGGCUAUACAUCCUUAACUGUAUUUUUAAUGGGAUUUUUUCUCUGGAAUGUGGACAACAUUUUCUGUGAUAAAUUGAGAGCACUACGAGAGAAGAUGCCUCCUGUUGUGGGAGCUGUGACACAGUUUCAUGCAUGGUGGCAUAUUCUCACAGGGCUGGGCUCUUACCUUCAUAUCCUGCUAAGUUUAUACACAAGGACACUUUUCCUGAAACACAGGCCAAAGGUGAAGUUUGUUUUUGGAAUAUGGCCUGUUCUUCUUGUGGAGCCGCCCAAGAAGCUUUGACUGAGACCUAGGCAGUCACAUGCGAACUCCUAGCCUGGCUGAAUAAAGCGAUUCAACAGUUACUAUGGCUGAAGUGUCAAAAUUAUGGAUCGAUUCAAGUUCCAUUGGUACAAAAGGACUUCUCUGUUACUAGGCCAGCCAGCCGGAACAGAGCAAAGAGUUGGCACACUAGGGAAGUAAUGUUUAGUACAGCUUUAUUCUAAGUUGUUAAAACAAAGAUUAAGACCCAAUAUUUUUAUGUAUAUAUUGUGUAGCUGAUGAUACUGAGCUAAUAUUUCGUGCUGGUCACAGAAAACUAACCAUUUUUGAAGUGGAUUGCAUAUGUUUUUCAUUCAGUUCUUGUUCUUUCUGUGAUUUAAACUAAUACUAGUAACUGAAUGACAAAAACAAGUCAUUGAUGGCCAAGCGAAGCAUUUGUGUGGCCUAUAGUGAAUUGAAUGCUUAACCUGAACUACUUUAAUCUUGCACUUUUAUACAAUUAAUGAAGUAUGUAAUGAUUGAUUUAGUGCUUUAUUCUAUCUUGCUUUUUCCACAGACUCCUUUGCAAUUUAUAUUUUAAGCAAAACAGUUGGGGUACCUGUGCCAUUUAGUUCGUUUUGUACCAAGCUUC